AUGACUCGAGUUAAAAUGGAAAGACCUGUUCCAAGUUUAGCAAAAACGACAAGCAGUGACGUCUAUUCACCAUAUCAGAUUUAUAUGAAUCCCGAAUACGUUCCAUUGCAUGGUGUUCAGAUGAUUGGUCACACUACGUGCUCAUUCGCACGUCUUUAUGGUACCAAUGGGAAGACAGAGAUCGAAAAUGAUAGUUUACAUCCAGUAUAUCCAUUGGAAUCCAGUGAGUCAGUGUGCCGUGCAAGUCACUAUAUCGAUGGUGACAAGAAGACACUCAGAUCUACCAAAUCAACGGAAAUAUACGACUCGCUCGGAGGUAUACAAAAUGAAGUUGACACCAAACCAGUGCAUGCAAUCAAGAUACAACAGUCCUGUAAAGUAGAAUCAAGAAAAUUAGCCAACUCCAAAGAGAGAGCCCGAAUGAAUAGUAUUAGAGAUGGCUUUGACAUGUUACGAGACAUUUUACCCAAAUCAUGUACACCGUUUGGAGGAAACAAUUGUCGAAAAUGA